CCCCUGCCUGGGGCUCCCCAUGACGGACAGGGGGGACAGUGUGGGCUCAGCCCUGGCUUUCUCCUUGCUUCUCAUCUCUGCCUCCAGCCUAGUCUCCCCUGCCUGGUUCCAAAGUGAUCUUUUCUCUUUUGGACUCUUUGCCGCAUGCGCCUGGUCUGAGGGUAAUGAAUGGAACCAGACCUGUGUGGCUUACAGGACCCUGGAAGACAUGCCUGACCUGGCCUGGAAGUCCUCCGCAGCGCUGCUUCUCGGAGGCUGGGUCCUGCUGGCCUUGCGGGCCCUGCUCCUCUUCUCCUGGACCGUCCUCCCCAAGGACUUCUGCCCCGUGAAAGGACGCAUCCCAACCCAGUACAUGCAAGCAGCUUCUGUCAUCGCCAGUCUCCUGGGCCUGCUGCUUUUCCCAUUCAGUCUGGCCUCCGAGGUGGCUCGGCUCACCUGUGGCCCUUCCACUGUGUACAGCAGCGGCCGCUGCCACCUGGGCUGGGGCUACAUCACCGCCAUCUUGGCUCUGGUCUUUACCAGUCUCCUGCCCAUCGUUGGGCGAUUACAAGAAGACAAGACUCGGGAGAAGAAGAUUCUCUUCUCUAGCAUCAAGGAAAGGAUCAUCUUCGUUUGAGUCAAGAGAUAGAAAGUCAACUUCUUUGC